UUGUUGUUUUUUGAAAUUGCCAAAAUUUUUUUAUUUGUAAAUUUAUGCAGCAUCAUAAAGGAUGAAUGAUAUAAAGCGACUGAAAGACCAACAACGUGAAAAACAUCCUGGAUUUGAUGCGUAUAUGGAAUGCAUGACACGAUCUUUAUUUACUGGUUUAGCCUCCUUCUGCCUAGGAUUUUCCGGUUUGUAUUUUGCCCAAAAAGUCAUACAAUCUAAAAUUCGAUAUCCUCUACAAUAUAAUAUAUUAACCUCUACGUUGGCUGCCACACUGAUAUCGUACGAGGUAACAAGUAGAAGAACUAAAGCUUGUCAAGCGGCGUGGAUGGCAGCAGAAGAUAAACAUACUAUACUUAAAACACAAGAAUAUUAACAAUGAGUGCACGACAACUAAUAAAUAGAUCUAUAGCAUUAA